UUCAUCUCGAAGUAGCAUUUUUCUGAUGCAAUCCACUUGAGUCAGCGUGCGGCAGCGAAAGCUAUAAAUUAUCUCAUUAAAUUUCUGUUGCAUGCUUUAUGUUCUUUUAGUACGCCAUAAAUAAGGGAUUCUUUUCACCUGAGACGGAAACUGACAGAAUGACGGAAGAAGAUUCGAUAUUUGAUCCAACCUUGAAAAAGAAAAAGAAGAAAAAGAAGACUACUUUCGAUCUGGAUGCAGCUUUCAAUGAAGGAGGUAGUAGUGGAGAAGCGACAGAGAAUGUCGCUGAAAAAGAGAAUCAGGAGCUCGAACCUCCAGUUGUUGAAGAUGAUGAAGCAUUGGACUUGGAAAGUUUUGGCAAAAAGAAAAAGAAGAAGAAAAAGGCAUUCAACUUAGAUGAAUUAGAAGCAGCUUUGCCUGAUACAAAGAAGGAAGAACCUGUAGAGCAACAAAUCGAGGAAGUUGUGGUAGAUGAUGACUUUGAUUUAGAUAUGGACUUUUCCAAAACAAAGAAAAAGAAAAAGAAGAAGAAGGAUCUUGAUGAAUUAGUAGCUGAAGAAGAACGUAAGGAAAUUGAAGACAAAGAUAAUGGCUGCACUGAAUCUGAGCGAAGUGCAGAGUAUGUGGAGGAACCCAAUUCGUGGGUCGGAUCGGACAGGGAUUACACAUAUGAUGAAUUACUCAUUAGAGUGUUUAACAUCUUACGAGAAAAAAAUCCCGACAUGGUAGCUGGUAAGAAACAAAAAUUCGUCAUGCGUCCGCCACAGGUAGUGCGCAUUGGAACGAAGAAAACGUCAUUCGCCAAUUUCACUGAAAUUUGUAAAACGUUACACAGACAACCAAAACAUCUACUGGACUUCUUGCUCGCCGAGUUGGGAACAAGCGGCUCGGUGGACGGAAAUAGUCAGUUAAUCAUUAAAGGUCGCUUCCAACAGAAGCAAAUAGAGAAUGUUCUUAGGAGAUACAUCAAGGAGUAUGUUACAUGUCAUACAUGCCGCUCACCAGACACGAUUCUUCAAAAGGACACUCGACUCUUCUUUUUACAGUGCGAAACUUGUGGAUCAAGAUGUUCGGUCGCUAGUAUAAAAUCUGGAUUCCAGGCUGUCACAGGAAAGCGUGCUGCCAUUCGUGCAAAAACUGCCUAAAAAUUUUUCUACAUUUUUCUCUUUUCUAAUUCGGUGGUGUUUCCUUCUGUUCCAUUUGUUGUAAAUUUUACAUCGCAGAGAAAAUGUUGGUUGUAUUUUAUUUAAAUACGCUCAGAAUAUAAUUGUACUCAAAGAAAAGUUUAAAGUUUCCUUACGCAUCGGAAACGUUAAGCAGUUAAAAGUCGAAGAUGCUAGUGCGAAUUGAUCAUUGUGGAAUAAGAAACAAUACAAGCAAUUGCAUCUUUACAUUGAUUUGAAUGCAAGAAUGUAGAUAGUGUAGAUAGUAUUAGCUCGAACUGUCGUAAAUUUGUUAUCAAUUCAAAUGUAAAGAAACGAUGGCUUGGCAAGUUGAUCCAUAGCUUUCUGAAUUAUCUUAAGCGUCUUUAAAUUUUCAUAUUUCCAUAAAUUCAUUCCAUAAAUUUACACGAUCGAAUUAUAUGGAUUUUUGAUUAUUCAAUAAUUCGAUCUUAAAGUAUUUAAAUGUUUCAGGGCAUUUUUUGGAUAUUUGGAUAUCCUUAAAUAUUUAACUAGAACAGUUUUAGGUUUUCUUAAUUUUGAAAUUUACAAAUUUUUGUAAAUUUCGUUUAAGACGAACUUAGAAAUACUAGAACAAGAACACAAACAUUUUCACAUUCAUAUCGCAUGAGAUUUUCCAAUUUUCAUGCCUUAUUGUAGUCUUUUAAGCAUCACAAGAUUAAACGUGCAUAUUUAAAAAAA